AUGUGCAUAUUCUUCCUGCCAUUUAUCCUAUCCAGUUUUGCUCCCCGAGCAAAAUAUAAAGAGAAUCAUAUAUAUAAAGAAAUGAAGUCACCCCAGAUCAGAUUUAAUUACCACCAUCUGACCCCUCUGAAGCUGAAGAAACGAUCUCUGGGACUUCAGACUCAAAGCAAAGCUGGGAGUAGGCCACACUUCACCCUGGAAGGUCAAAAGUUCCUCAUCUUCGGGGGCUCCAUCCACUAUUUCCGGGUGCCCAGGGAGUACUGGAAGGACCGCCUGCUGAAGCUGCAGGCUUGUGGCUUCAACACAGUGACCACCUAUGUCCCCUGGAACCUCCACGAGCCAGAAAAAGGAAAAUUUGACUUCUCUGGGAACCUGGACCUGGAGGCCUUUGUCCUGAUGGCUGCAGAGAUCGGGCUGUGGGUGAUUCUGCGUCCUGGGCCCUACAUCUGCAGCGAGAUCGACCUUGGGGGCCUGCCCAGCUGGUUACUGCGGGACCCCACCGUGAUACUAAGAACAACUGAAAAGGGCUUUGUGAAAGCAGUUGAUAAGUAUUUUGAUCACCUGAUCGCCAGAGUGGUGCCUCUCCAGUACCACAGGGGCGGCCCCAUCAUUGCCGUGCAGGUAGAGAACGAGUAUGGUUCUUUUGGAAAGGAUAAAAGGUACAUGCCUUAUCUUCAAAAGGCCCUGCUGAAGAGAGGAAUUGUAGAGAUGCUCUUGACCUCGGACAAUGAGAAAGAACUGCGAAAAGGCUCCAUCAAAGGAGUGCUGGCCACCAUCAAUAUGAAGACGUUGCAUGAGAAUGUGUUCAAGCAGCUUCAUAAGCUGCAGCCAAAUAAGCCCAUUUUGAUUAUGGAAUACUGGGUUGGCUGGUUCGACACUUGGGGCUCUGAACACGCUGGUACAAGUGCUGAGGAUGUGGAAAACACUGUGUCUGAGUUUAUCAAGUUAGAGAUCUCCUUCAAUGCGUAUAUGUUCCAUGGUGGAACCAACUUCGGGUUCAUAAAUGGGGCCACAAAUUUGGGGACAUACAAAAGUGUUACCACUAGCUAUGACUAUGACGCAGUGCUGACAGAGGCCGGGGAUUAUACUGAAAAGUAUUUCAAGCUUCGAAAACUCUUUGGAUCUAGCUUAGGAACCCCCAUGCCCCCCUUACCGCGAUCUACUGUCAAGGCUGAGUAUCCUGUUGUGAAACCGUUCCUCUACUUGCCACUGUGGGAUGUCCUUCAGUACCUAAGUGCACCAGUGAUAUCGAGUACACCAGUGAAUAUGGAGAAUCUCCCAAUAAACAAUGGAAAUGGUCAGUCCUAUGGAUUCAUACUUUAUGAGACUCCCAUCUGUGUUGGAGGUCUGCUCCAUGCAGAGGUUCACGAUAUAGCACAGGUGUUUGUGAAUGAAACAUUGAUAGGAAGUAUGGAUGAUACUAUAAAGAAAUUGUACAUUCCGGAAAUCAAGGAAUGUCAACUUCUAAGGAUCCUAGUGGAGAACCAAGGACGGGUCAAUUUUUCAUGGCAAAUACAACAAGAACGGAAAGGUUUAAUUGGAUCUGUUGCCAUCAAUAACGUUCUUCUGAAGGAUUUCGCUAUCUAUUCUCUGGAAAUGAAAAAGAACUUCUUUAAGAGGCUCCGCUCUGCUGCCUGGAGGCCUGUCCAACAACACUAUGUGGGCCCUGCUUUCUACCUUGGAACCUUGAAGACUGGUUCUUCUCCCAUGGACACCUUCCUGAGUCUACCAGGCUGGAAAUUGGGGUCUGUGUUCAUCAAUGGAAAUCACCUUGGGCGAUACUGGAAUAUUGGACCUCAGGAAUCACUGUACCUCCCUGGUGUUUGGCUUCAUCCAGAAGACAAUGAGAUCAUCCUGUUUGAAGAAAUGAUGAGUGGUUCAGACAUCCACACCACUCCCAAACCCAAGCGUUUUAAAACUAUUCCUUAAUAUAAAACUAUUCCUUAAUACAUUUCUCAUAUUGUUGUAGCUCAUCUACAAACAGUUUCUCCAGAGGAAGAUUUAUGCCAAGAAUAUAAAACAUAGGGUUGCAUGCAAUGGUAAAUAUAUGAAAUUAACCUAAUAAAACA